AUGAGGUCGGGAGAUGACGAGGGGAGUAGGGAGCGUCGAGGGUCCCGAGGAAAGCCCAGCGUUUUUCUGCUGGGCUUUGGCUCCCGCUUGCUCCUCCUCUCCACCAAUCAGCUUCCACCGCUGAUUCGCGGUCCUGCAAUGAUCUACCGCUUCCUUUUUCAGUCCAUCAUCUCAGAAUCAUUUGGUUCGCUUUAUACAGGACGCGUUCUACUCCGUCCCGUUCAUGCUCGAUUCUGCACACAAUAA